CCUAUUUCUCGUGACGUCACAGCGCGCCAAAUUAGUAUUUCGAAAUCAAAUGCGUUUGAUUUUUAACUCACGGGAACUUUCCUAACUUCGACGCAAAUCCUUAACGUGUUAUCCAUUAAACGACCGAGAUGCUUUCAAAAAAAUCACAGAAAAAAGGCAAAAAACUACAGCUUUCUUCAGAUUUUGCCAAACGAAAUGCAACCAAAAGUAAACCUGCCGAAGAUAUGGAAGAAUCUGAUACAGAGUUCUCGGAUGGUACAAUCUUCUGCGAGCAGCUGCGAAAGUCUGGCAUCAUUCUGAAGAAAGGAGACCAUAACCAUGAGCUAAAUGUGGAACCAACUGUCUUCUACAAGAAUUUAUCAAAGGCAUUGAAGAAACACAUAAACUACCCUGAGGUGAUUGACAAGUUUCUGGAGGGUUUGCAAGAUUACAUACAGAUAAGACACAGGUUUAUCAAGAGUCUUAUGCCAUGUACAGUUGCCAAAGACAGUGCCAUCAAAAGCCAACGACCUCGCUGUCUGAUAAAGUUACUCCUGGAAGUUGAAUCUCUGCAGCCAAAACUAAUAAACAUUCUUCUUGAGAAGUUACCAGAAUUCAUGGACGAAGAUGAGUCAAUAUUUUCCUGUGAGGAAUCUCCAGUAAACAUACCUCGACAGAUUCUGACCCAGCUGCAGUGGUUGGAGAACAUUGUGAACAUGACGGCCCUCCGUGAGAAACUGAUGGACGUCUUACAAGUGACCUCUUGUGAAAUACAACGUGAAAUCAUUUCCUGUCUGCCAGAAAUUAUGGAUGUCACUGAACAUGUGAAUAUAAUUACAGUACUGAAAGAUUUGCUGGAACAAGAGAAGUCCUUGACCGUUUCAAUUCUGGAUAAUUUGUCUAAUUUGGUGCUCAAAGAAGAACUAUUGGCGGAGGUAUUGACAUCUGUUUUACAAAUAUUGCCGUCUUGUGAGCUUGAUGACCUCCCAGUUGUGGUCAAGUUUAUCUUGCAGUCAGUCCAAAGCAAGGAUGCACUGUCGGUAUUCACUGAAAUGAGGAAUUACUUGCAGUUUGACUCCCUGGUGCCAAUAGCUUCCUCGACUCCUCUUCCUGGACCAUCAACUAGCAGAGCUGCUCCUGCACCUGAGAAGUCCACUGCCAAUUCAGAGCUGCUGGUUAUGAGAUCAAUUAACUCCUGUCUCCAGUUUGAGAAGUCACUGGCUGCUCCCUGCAUAAAGAUGAUCGAACAGAUCCAUGGAGGCAGCAACCACCAAGUCUUGGACCUGUUGCUCCUCUUCCUGCUUCACUCUCUCAACCACACCAAAGCCGUGGAGAGUCUGUUCCGCAACAAGAUCCGAGCUGGAGACUUCACACUAAAACUCCUCAAUUCGGCCUUCCUGCAGCACUCGGUUGUGAUGCAGGAGUACUUUACCAGCAUCCAGUCCCUGUGUGUCACCUUCAUCUCUUCACCUGAGUCAUCCAUCUCGCAUUUUGCUAGUGUCAUGUACCAUCUGGCAUUCCAGGUGUUUGAUCGCUUCUGUCAACAGGAAAUCAUUGACAAUUUGAUCACCCACAUUGGUUCUGGAAUGCCAUCAGAAGUUGAUAUGGCUCUCAAUAUUCUUAUGAAUCUGGCUGACACCUGUCUAAACUUGAUCUCUCCUUUUGCCAUCUUUAUUAAGGGUCUUCUUGACUAUUUUGACAAACUACGUCUCUCUCAAAUUCGGAAGCUGUAUUCAAUCAUCAGCCAAUUAGCUUUCCAUAGUGACCAUGAUGGCGGACACACAAAAACAGACCUCCACAUUGUGGUCAAGAAACAAUUAAUGAGUAACAAAUUAAAGUAUAAACAAAAUGGAAUCAUUGGUGGUGUUAUGUUGGUAAAGAACCUUAUACCUGUCAGUGCUGAUAAUUUGGUGACCCCUGAAAAUGUAAAUGAUGCCAUUACCCUGUUGAAAUUGAUGAACACCAGCAGUCUGCAACUGGCCAGUGCUCGUGCUUUGUUCAUGGACGAGCUGUCCAUGGUCAUCACCCACACAAAAUUACAUCCGAAAGUAGAGGAAUGGAUCGAAGAGAACGUCAUUGCAGACUUCCAGGACAGUUAUGUGAUUGAUGUUCAUGAUGACUACUUAAAAAAACAAACUCUGCUUCCUCUGGAUUUCCAAUACUCCCUGGACGAUGAUGUCGAAGACAACGUUGCCGUGAUCAUCCUACCACUCUUACUCUACGGAACAGCUUCCACUUCUCCUGUCUUUGACUAUGCUGAAAGUAGCCUGUCAUCUCCCUUGUGUCUCGUGCCCACCCUUCGUCUCCUUGGAGUCCAACAGUUACAGAAAAACAAUAACCUUGACGACAUCAUGGCCUUAUUAGGUUGUCCAUUGUGUGUGACAACAUCCCAGGUCAUUGAGAAAAUCGAGACAUUGCCAUCCGCAGAGAAAGAAAUCCUAUGCUCCUCUUUGUUCUACACCCUGAAUUGGUUCCGUGAGAUCAUCAAUCUAUUCAGCACCCAGAGUGAUCCGGAAGUUUCAGGCAAAGUUAUCUUAAGGUUGAAGAACAUCACAGAGACACAAGAACUUCUGGUGAAAUGUCUGGCUGCAACUCCUGGUUAUGUCCCACCCAUAACCUGCUUUGACACCGAUGAAGCACCUGCUGUGGUCUCUGCUUCCAAAUCUGCAUCGGCAGCAGCAACUGGCACAGCAUCAACAUCAACAACUAAUGGCAGCAAACGGGCUAAGAAAAGGAAGAAACCCAACAAAACCAGUGAAGAUUCCUGUGAUGCUCCACCUGAAAAUACUUCAGGGUCGGGUUCACAGGUGGACAGCAGCAAAGAAGGUAAAGAAGGUACCCCGAAUACUGUUGACCUUCUUAGCUAUCACCAGUAUUUCAGAGAAUUAACGAUUGAUGUUUUAGACAUUCUGUUGGUUGGCAAAAUCACGAGUAAAGAUCUUGAUUCCCAAAUGAACACAGAGACCCAGAGGGAAGUGAAGAUUGAACCUCCACAGGUGGAAUUCUUGCUGAAGGACCUCACUCAUAAACUCCAACAUGCGUUCCAAGCCUCACAACCAAAGAAGAUAUUUUUCAGUAAGGACACUGGAAAUAAAAACAUUGGAUUCACUUUACUCAACCAGAAAAGUCCAGAAGAUGUUGCAAAGAAAACCAUCCAUUUGCUGCCAGCACUUUGCCAACAGCUGGAAGGGGCAAGUGCUUUUUUCCAGGCCCUAAUCGCCAGUAACGAUGGAAUCAUGGACAGCCUCUGUCAGCAAACCAACGAAGUCUCCUGCGUUGUGGCUUGUUUCCAGCUCCUCCUUGAGGUCUUUCACAGCUUGUUCUCUUGGAAAGACAUUGACAGUCCAAAGAACACAAAACUAUUCAACUCUGCUCUCUCCAUUCUUGCCACCAGAAUCAACCCCUCAGAUUCUACCUGUCUCCCACAGCAACAGAGCAUCAAGCUGGCUAUUGAAUACCUCCAGAACUUUUCUGAUACAAGUCCUAAUGUGCAGACUGCUGUGAAGUUGGUUGAAAUUCUCAUUACCCUGGUUGAGAAAGGGGCCCCUGAAUACUGCCAUAAACCUGCGGAACUGGCUGAAUCCUUCCUCCACAGAGCCUGGCUCACUCCCACUGGUGCACGAGAAAAAGGAGCCACAUUUAACAAAUACAUUCAGAAGAUACUAAAAUGCUACCUCUCCUACUCUCCAAGUCCUUUGGAUGCCAUUGAGAAACUGUGUAGCGAUGCCAUUCCUCAACUGCUCAACGCUGAUGACAACACAUCAGAAAUGUACCCCUCACUCACAACCUCUUCCUUCUCCAUGUUUUACCGUGUGCUUUUCAACCAGUUGGUAAUUACUGUUAAGAAGUUAUUGACGGGAAAGAAAAUGGAAUCUCUUGAAGCAAAAAAUGACAAAAUUCUUCAAUGGAAUUUAGCAGUCCGGAUAUUUCAGAUUUUAACGACACUCAUUAAGAAAUUUGAUGGCCUUCCAAAUCUAGGGACUGCAUUAAAGGCUGGUCGUAUGUUUGUGGAUGCCUUUACCCUGCAAGCGAUGCCCCUCCUUGACAUUAUGUAUCGCAGCCAGCAUGAAAACAUCCAUGGAUUACUGAAGAGCAUGCAAUUAAGUACACGCUCGUUACAUCACAUCUGCAAUCACUCCAAGAUUGUGAAGAGUGUGUGCCUAACAAACCAAAUUCCUUGCGUUAAGAGAAGUCUUGAACAGUUGAUGUGCCGUGUGAAGGUGAUGCUAUCCAUGAACAAAUGCGAAGAGGGUUAUAUGAUUGGAGUCCUCAAAAACAGAAAUUUAAUGGGUGAUGAGAUUCCCUCACAGGUAGCUGAAGAGUCUAGGGUGGUUGAGGCAGAUACAAAGGAAGAUUCUCCAGAAGAGGAAGAGGAAUCAGAUGAAGACAAAGUCAGCGAUGUGGAAAUUGAAGGGGAAGAAGAAGUAAAAGAAGGUGAUGACAAGGAAAGUGAUGACAACAAGGAAAAUAAUGACGAUAAUGAAGGGGAACAAAUGUACAGUGAGAUCUAUUAGAACAUCCAGUAAGAUGUGAUGUCUCGUCACCAGAGUGGACGGUGGAUAAAUACAGUGUGUUCAAAAAGUCUCUCUGCAGUAAAUAUUUUAUUGCAAAAUGAAAUAUUUACAAGAUGGUAUAAAGACUACAAAAAGAAUAUAUGAGACUUUACAAGACUUUAAAAAACUUUA